AUGGCCUCCCGUGAGGGCGGAAGUGGCCCGCUGGGGUUCCUCCGCAGCCUCUACGACCUCGACACACUAGACACACGCUUCACGACGCCCUCCUCCGUACCAUACCGGGCCGUGACCGCACACGAUAAGCGCGAGGACGAUGGGGGGGAUCGCGGGGCAACCAGCGGCAACAGCAAGCGUGCAGAGGCGCCGAAGUGGAAGACGCCGGAGUUUUAUUUGUAUUAUUUGGUGUUCAUUGUCGUGGUGCCGUAUAUGUUUUGGGUCGCGUACGAUGUGUCGAGGCCAACGGAUCCGAGGUACAAAAAGUUUGAGAACCGGCUCGUGAAGGGGUGGAUUCCGGGACGCAAGAUCGAUGUCUCAGACUCGCAAUACUACACCUUCCGCAUCAACCUACCCUAUAUGGCCCUCUUGUUGAUCUUCCACCCGCUGUUGCGCCGCGUCUGGAACGCCGUGUACCCCAUCCCUCAAGCGCUCAAGAACUCGCGGGCGACCGCCCCUGAGGCGGCCGAAGCAAGGCUGCGUCAACGCGCAUCAUACGACUCAGUCUUUGCUGUCUUUUUCUUGGUCGUCCUGCACGGGUUCUCGGCCGUCAAGAUCUUGACCAUUCUGGCCAUCAACUACCGGCUGGUGACGACGGUGCCAAAACGGUACAUCCCAGUCGUGACCUGGACCUUUAAUAUUUGCAUCUUGUUUGCCAACGAGUUGAGCAACGGAUACAAGUUCCGUGAGAUGGCGCUGUACCUGACGGGGACUAAGGCGGAGACCCUGGGGACAUAUACUCCCGCUCUAGUUGCGCUAGGUCAGUGGAUGGACCGUCGUGGGGGUUUGAUUCGGCGCUGGGAGAUCCUGUUCAACAUCACCGUGCUUCGGCUGGUGAGCUACAACCUGGACUACUAUUGGAGUAUCGACCGGCGAAGCGCCAGUCCCGUCGAGAAGAAACAACUUGACCCUGCCAACCUCUCUGAACGUGACCGCAUCGCCACGCCCUCCCAGCCCCACGACUUCUCCUUUCGCAACUACCUCGCCUACGCCAUCUACGCCCCACUCUACCUCACGGGGCCCAUCAUCACCUUCAACGACUACAUCUCGCAGCAGCGCUACCAACCGCCCACCAUCUCCACCUCACGCACUAUCAAAUACGCCAUCCGCUUCGCCCUCGUCCUGCUCGCCAUGGAACUCGUCCUACACUACGACUACGUCGGCGCCAUCUCCAAGUCCCGCCCGGACUGGUCCUCCUACACCCCCGCGCAGCUCUCCCUCCUCUCCUACUUCAACCUCCACAUCAUCUGGCUCAAGCUCCUGCUCCCCUGGCGUUUCUUCCGCCUCUGGUCCCUCGCCGACGGCGUCGACCCGCCCGAGAACAUGCUCCGCUGCGUCAGCGACAACUACAGCACCCUCUCCUUCUGGCGCGGCUGGCACCGCAGUUACUACCGCUGGCUGCUGCGGUACAUCUACAUCCCCCUGGGCGGCUCCAGCUUCCGCACCGCGCGCGACGCCACCCGCACUGUGCUCACCUACCUCGUCGUGUUCACGUUUGUCGCGUUGUGGCAUGAUAUCAAGCUUAAUCUGCUGAUUUGGGGCUGGUUGAUCGUGGUGUUUUUCUUGCCGGAGAUUGCGGCGACGAGGUUGUUUCCGCGAAGGAAGUGGGAGGGGAGGCCGACGGCGUAUCGCAUGUUGUGCUGUGUGGGCGGGGUGGGGAACGUGUUGAUGAUGGUUUCGGCGAAUUUGGUCGGGUUUGCGGUUGGGUUGGAUGGGCUGGAGAGUAUUGUGCGGGGGAUCUUUAGGGAUUAUUCUGGUCUUGUAUUUCUCUUCACGGCAUGCUCGGCGCUGUUUGUAGGUAUCCAGGUGAUGUUUGAGAUACGGCAGACGGAGCUGAGACGGGGUAUCAAUUUGAAGUGCUGA